AUGGUACAAAACAAGUCUGUAAUCUUCAACGAAAUUCCACACGGUGAACCAAAGUUGGACCAAACACUUAAAGUCAAGAGUGAUGAGUUCGAUACACAACAGGACAUCGCAGACGGUUCCGUAAUGCUCAAGGUCAUCACCCUCUCCAUCGACCCUUACCAAAGAGGUAGAAUGCGUGCACCAGACAGCGAAUCAUACGUCCCUCCAUUCUACGUCGGCCAACCAAUUCAAAACCACGGUGUCGCCCGUGUUCUUAAGUCCAAGAACGCUGCUUUCAAGGAAGGUGCUCUUGUUUAUGGUGGUUUGCCAUUCUCAGAGUACAUGGUUCUCAAUGAACAAUUCGCCCAAGGCCUAAAGGACGUCAGCGACAGCGGCAUUGCUCCAGAAACCCUCGUUGGUGCUUGCGGUAUGCCAGGCAGAACCGCUUACAUGUCCUUCUAUCACGUUGGUCAGCCUAAGGCAGGUCAAAGCAUCUACGUCAGUGCUGGUGCUGGUGCUGUCGGUGCUUUGGUUAUCCAAUACGCAAAGAAGACUGGUUUGAAGGUCAUCGCUAGUGCUGGUUCAGCUGAAAAGGUUGAAUUAUGUCGCCAAGUCGGUGCAGACGCUGCCUUCAACUACAAAGAGUCAAGCACAAAGGAGGAAAUCAAGAAGUUCGGCGGUAUCGACAUUUUCUACGACAAUGUUGGUGGUAAAAUGCUUGAUGAUGUCCUCGAAGUUAUUAACCCAGAUGGUCUUGUCAUCAUGUGCGGUGCCAUUAGUCAAUACAACAGCGCAGGUGAAAUGUACGGUCUCAAGAAUACCGUUCAACUCGUAUUCAAGAGAUUGACCACGAAGGGCUUCAUCGUUUUCUAUCUCCACGACAAGCCAAGCAGCCACCCAGACUUUUCAGGUAAGACUCUUGACGAUGAGUUCACUGCAAUCGUUCCAAAACUCGUCAAGGAAGGCUCAAUCAAGAUCAAGGAGCACGUUUACAACGGUAUUGAGAAAGCACCAGAAGCCUUUAUUGACAUGCUCAGCGGCAAGAACGUCGGUAAGGUUGUUGUCAAGCUUGAACUGAUAGCAGCCGUUGUGGCGCUGAAAAUGGGGAGAGCAUCCAAGAUUAUAUCCGCCGGCAGCCUUGAAUUCACUACGACGUGCACAACUUCGUCAUACCCAAAAGAAGGCGCCAAAGUUAAAAGCAAAUCGCAGCACAGCAGCGUGCAAGGGGCUUCAACUGUUCUAAAUGCUCUUUCUAGCUUACCGAAUACUGAGUGUUAUAUGUACUCGCAGCUUGGGCGAGAUUUGACCAGCAACUGCGUCAAAGCCCAGCUCGCUGAGGAGGGGAUUUCAACCGAGUACAUCUACAAAUCAGACUCUGCGGCUAUUCCUCACACUUUCGUUAUCAACAACACCUCCAACAAUACGAAAACAAGGCUCAACCACUCGAGCGGCGCCGGAUCCAGCUCUCUACCGCCGCUGGAGUAUUUUGAUAGAGUCUUACAACAAUUCAAUUUCGACUGGAUACACUUCGACGGCCAGACAACAACGAAUCUGUAUGAGACAAUCAAGCAUCUGCGAAAGGGUAAAGGUGAAGGCGUCGACGAUAUGGGACUCCCAAGAUACAAGAACACACUCAUAUCAAUCAGUUGUUUCAACAAGUUGAAGCCAGACAUGGUGGACUGUCUUCCAUUUGCGGAUUUUGUCUUUUUCAACAAGGAAUUUGUAAAUAAAAGCGGAUUUGACGAUGCGAGGACUUUUCUCCUCUUCAUGUCGCUGAGGGUCUCACCUAGAGCAACUAUUUACUGCAUUUGGGAUGAGAGGACGUCUUUCAUGCUUUCGCUAAAGUCUUCGGAGUAUAUCAAGAGCGAGAAUACACGUCGACCUCUUGCACCUUCUUCUCGCUCGAAAUCAUACUCUAACUCAAAUUACAUCGAUGAAGCGUUUGUUGCAGGUGCAAUAUACGCCACACUAGCGCGAGCUACCUCAAUUAACGGCAAUUUCAAUGGCAAACUGGACAACCAGAAGGUGUUGCAGUUUGCAACUGACAUGAUGGGUCUGAAGGGCGCGGGAGUGCCUUUACAGGACAUUGGAGGGAUUCUUAUCAGAGAAGGAUGGUUUACUGAUAUCAGUGGAGGUGUUCAGAGUCUUGAGCGUACUAAGAGCACUGAAAGCUCUUAA